GAGCGGGGCCGGGCGGAGGGCAGCGUAGGGUCCGUGCGAGCCCGGCCGGGCCAUGGCGCGCCGGGGCGCGGGCUGGGCAGCGUAGGAGCCUCGGGGCCGCAGCAUGAGCGCCGCCGCCCGGUUCCCGCUGCACCUCCUGGUCUGGAGGAACGACUUCCGGCAGCUGGAGGCCGCCCUGCAGGGCCAGGAUGUCGACCAGCAGGAUCCCCGCGGGCGAAGCUUGUUGCACCUGGCAGUGUCCUUGGGGUACGUCGAGUCCGCCCGAGUCCUGUUGCGGCACAAGGCAGAUGUCAUGAAAGAGAACGCUCAGGGCUGGACAGUCUUGCACGAGGCCAUCAGCACCGGGGAUCCGGAAAUAGUCCACAUGGUCCUUCAGCACCGUGACUACCAGCAGACGUCCACCACCCUUGGCGGCGUCCCUGAAUUGCUUCAGAAGAUCAGUGAGACUCCAGAUUUUUAUGUGGAAAUGAAGUGGGAAUUCACCAGCUGGGUCCCGCUGGUGUCCAGAGUUUGCCCCAGUGAUGUUUGCCGCAUCUGGAAGAGCGGCGCAAAGCUCCGCGUGGAUAUCACACUACUGGGCUUUGAAAACAUGAGUUGGGAACGAGGGAGGCGCAGCCUGAUUUUCAGAGGGGAAGAUACUGGGCACUGGGCUGAGCUGAUUGAGGUCAACCACGAUGAGAAAGUGGUGGCGGCCGAGCGUUUCGAGAUCACCCAGCAAAUCAAGCGGCUGACCUUGGACUCCACGGUCCCCAAGAACAAGGAGGUGGAGCGACGGCUGACCUCUGCCAUCAUCAACACCUCUCUGGAUACCAGGAAUAUUGCAUUCGAACGGAAUACCUCCGGCUUCUGGGUCUGGAAAACUGAGAGGAGCGAAGUGGUCAACGACUACGAAGCAAAGGUCUUCACAGCCAACCAUGUGAACGUGGUGACCAAGAUCCGGACGGAGCACUUGACCGAAGAGGAGAAGAGAAGAUACAAAGCUGACCGAAGCCCCCUGGAGUCCUUCCUGGGCACCAUCGAGCAUGAAUAUGGGGCCCAGCAGGACCUCACCACAGAAUUUGCCUCGGCCAACAACCCGACAGCUCUCACACCAGAGGAAUAUUUCGACCCUCAGUUUGACCUGAAGGACAGAGAUAUCGGCCGGCCCAAGGAAGUGACUGUCCGGACUCAGAAGUUCAAAGCCAACUUGUGGAUGUCCGAAGAGUUCCCGCUCUCCCUCGUGGAGCAGGUCUCCCCCAUUGUGGACCUGAUGGCCAGGACCAGCGCCCACUUUGCCCGGCUGAAGGACUUCAUCAUGCUGGACUUCCCUCCUGGGUUCCCUGUUAAAAUCGAAAUCCCCUUGUUCCACAUCCUGAACGCAAGGAUUACCUUUGGCAGCGUGAACAGCUGCAGCACCCUGGAAGGAGCUUCACCCUCAGGGGCGGCCGGUGAGGAGGCUGCUCGGGGGGCGGGGCCUGAAGAGUCCACUCCAGCCCCUGCCUUCGCGGUCGACCCCUCCGUCUUCGAGAUCCCCGAAUCCUACCGUGUUCAGGACGAUGGCCGGGACUUGCACGUGCAAGACGAGGACAACGAGAUCAUGCAGUUCGCCAUCCGGCAGAGCCUGAUGGAGUCCGGCCAGAACCUGGAGCCUUUGGAGCCACACUUGAAUGGGGACGUGUCUUUCUCGCAGGACCUCGGCCUCCAGUAUCAGAGGGUGCUGCAGGAGAGCCUCCUGGCAAAUGGCGGGAGCCACCCGCCCCUGCGCGGUUCUUCCACGUUUGACCGGGAUUUGCAGCUGGCCAUGGCGCUCUCCGUCCAGGAGGAGCAAGAACGGGAGCAGCGGAGGCAGGCCGAGGAGGAGGCGGAGCUGCGGGAGGCUCUGCAGCGCUCCCUGCUGGAGAAGUAGCAGCACGACGCCUGUGGGAGCAAGCGCCAGACGCCCUGGGCCCCUUCCAGCCUGGGAACUGCGGGGGGGGGGCAUCUUUAGCAGGGAUGGGGCUCUUCCGUUUUCUCGCCAAAGCUUUGAGCCCAAAGAUCUGCCCGUCUUCCUCUGCGCUAAGCUGUUGCACUGAAGGGGGGUACCCCGAGCUACCUUUGCCAAAGGCUGUUCUGACGGGGCCAGUGGACUCUUGCCAGCCUCGAAGAGGGGCGGUGGGGGGGACCUGAGCCGCAGUGGGGGGUUCUGCCUCGCCUACCAAAGAUUUCAGUGGCUGUCGGGGGCCUUUUUAUCACCCUACAAGCCUCCCCCACAGUCUGCCUACAUCAGAGUGCUUUUCCUUUCUCUUUGGAACCCCCCCCCAAAUGCUUCACCCCUCUGUAGCCUUCCCAAGCGUUUCCCUCUUCUGCCCCCCCCAAGCAAAUCUUCCACUUGCUGGGGGGGUUGUGUUUUUAAAUAAAGCGGGGGCAACCUCCUC